AUGGGAAUUGGGGACGUUAUGAUUGGUCGGAUGGUUGUGGGUGCGAGGUUUAACCGGUGGUGUGUGCUGGACUACCCUGUAGGAGGGAAGAGGGAGUUUGCUCGCAAGGUUACUUUUGAUUCUCGUACUGUACUACGUUUCGCAGUGGCGAUGGUCAUGUUGGUCCACACAGUCUGCCCUUCUCCCGAUACUGGACCAGUGCGUUGUAAGUCUGCCCCCUCCAACUUGGCUAAUCUGGUGGAUAGUCUGCUGAACUGUCGUGUCUAG